AUGAGCGAAAACCAAUCACUCACCCAGAAAGUAGAGUAUAAGCUUAUUAAUGAUACCAAUAAAAAAAGAAGACAAUCAUCCAUUGGCAUAUUAUUUGAUUGGCGUGGAUGGUUCACUUCCAGAGAGUGCGAUGAGAAAUAUGAAAAGCUUCAUGAUGAUAAUGAUAAAACUAAAGCGGAGUCAGCGGUUGGAUAUCUUCAAUUGUUUCGUUGUGCUGAUCAGCUUGAUAUAAUCAUGAUAGCUAUAGCACUGUGUCUCGCUAUACUCAAUGGCGCUGCUUACACGGCACGUUUUAUAGUUUUUGGUGAACUUAUAAGCUCAUUUGCAGAAGAAAAGUUUAUUGGUCGAUGCCCUCCAGAGCAAAAUGUAUCGAUUACUUUUAAUAUUACUACAGAAUGUCAGCGGACUAUUGAAAUAAAUGCAACUAAUCACAACCUAUCGCAGACGUCCUGUCUUUACGAAAAUAGUAGUGUAGUACCAACACAGCCGAUAUUUACGCCAGGAUUUCUUGAUGGUGCAAAUCAAAAUUUAUAUUGGUUAUUGCUCAUCAGCGCAGUCGAACUCUUUUGCAUUGGUUUCCGUUAUUUCCUACUCGCAUGGUCUGCCGGGCGACAGACAGCUCGAAUACGUAUUCGUCUCCUACAAUCAUUGAUGCGACGCCUCACUGCCAUAGAAACAAAAAAACAAUUGGAUGUAUACGCGCAAGCUGGAGCAGUUGUUCAAGAAGUGUUUAGUUCUCUUCGUACAGUCCUUUCGCUAAACGGUGAAAAAUUCGAAGAAAAACGAUAUGUUAGUAAAUUGAGGGCGACUCGAUGGAAUAGUAUACGAAAGGGGGCUGCAUUCGGCCUUCUCGCUGGCUGGGUGUAUCUUAUAGGAUAUGUUAUUUAUUCGAUUGGUUUUGCUUUUGGCUCGUAUCUUAUGAACCGAGGAGAGUAUGACAGUAUUCCUUUUCAUGAUAUCAUUGUAAUAAUAGUUGUUUUGGUACGGCCUAUCACUAAUGUUGCCUUUGUUAGUCCUUUUUUUCAGUUAUUAGAAGAAGCUCGAGGUGCUGUAGCGCCUGUAUUUCAAUUAAUUGAUGAGGACGAAAACAUGGAUUUGAAUGAGAUACAAACAUUUCAAGAUUCAACUACUUCGGAAGUAGCUUUGAACAUAGAGGGUGAUAUUCAGUUUGACAAUAUUAAUUUUGCGUAUCCGGCUCGACCUAAUGUUCCAGUCCUAAAUAAUCUUACGCUAACAGCUCGUGUCGGUGAGACAACAGCUCUAGUUGGUUCGAAUGGAUCUGGCAAGAGUACUGUUGUUUCGCUUCUACUCCGUUUUUAUGAACCUACAUCGGGUAGUAUUAAAAUUCGUGAUCAGUCAAUUGCCGAUUGUAAUCUCAAACAGCUACGAAAAAAGAUUGGCGUAGUUAGUCAAGAACCUAUCCUCUUUGCCACAACUAUCUAUGAAAAUAUUCGCUUUGGUAGAGAAAAUGCAACAAGAGUCGAGAUUGUAGAUGCAGCACAACAAGCUAAUGCGCAUGAUUUCAUUAUGCAGUUACCCAAUAAAUACGAAACAAUCGUCGGUGAACGCGGAGUUCAAUUGAGUGGUGGAGAGAAACAACGUGUGGCACUGGCUCGUGCUCUGGUCAAACAACCCGUGAUAGUUGUGUUGGAUGAAGCGACAAGUGCUCUUGAUAAUAAAAAUGAAAAGAUUGUUCAAGAAGCACUUGAUCGAACUUGCAAAGGUCGAACAACUAUUGUAAUCGCUCAUCGUUUGGCAGCAGUUAAGAAUGCGCAUCGUAUUUAUGUGUUGGAUAAAGGAAGUGUGAUCGAGCAAGGUACACACGAGACAUUAAUGGCACAAGAAGGAAGUCACUAUCGAGAGCUAAUGAGAGUUCAACAUACAGAAGAUGAUAUCGACGAAACAAGCGAUCCGACACAUAUGGAUGAGGAUGCAAAGCAACCAUUGGAACGUUCUCGAUAUUAUAGCUAUUAUGAAAUUGACGAUAAGGAUCAAAUGACAACAAGUCGUCGACCUGUGUUCAUUCGGCUUUUGUCAAUGAAUAGACCUGAAUGGGUCAUCAUUCUGGUCGGUUGUUUAGCCUGUCUUUUUGGUGGAUUAUGUCAAUUAGUUCAGGUCUUUCUACUCACGGACUCGCUCAAUGCAUUUGGUGAAUGUACCUACCAAAAACGAACUCAUACAAUUAAUAAAUACUCCCUAUUAUUGAUACUGACCGGCAUUUUUAAUUUGAUCUUUCGUUUUAUCCAAUACACUGCGCUUGCAACAUCUGGCUCGAAAUUGACCGAACGUAUUUGUGCUAAAGCAUUCACACAUUUUCUAAGUCAAGAAAUGGCAUUCUUUGAUCGCCCUGAGAAUAGUUCGGGAGCUAUUUGUAACCGUCUCUCAUCUGAUGCAUUAGCAGUGCAGCAUAUGGCUGGAACUCGUCUAGGCAUUAUUUGCGAAUCACUUGCGACGUUUGGCAUUGGCAUUUUUGUUGGAUAUUUUUAUAGUUGGGAAUUGACAACAGUUCUAUUAUUAUUUGUUCUCAUCUUUUUUGGGCUUGCUUUAUUUCAAAUAAAUUGGCAAUCACGAUUGAACCAACGCUCUGAUCAAAUUCUUGGCUUAGCAAGUUCACUCGCUGUCGAGAUCAUUCACAAUAUGCGUAUAGUGAAGCAAUUGGCAAACGAGAAAGAAUUUUUGCACAGAUUCUCAGAUUUUAUUACUAAAGAAUUCAAAAUGUUUGCAUAUUCGAUCUUUGGCUUAGAAUCUCUGCGUUGUAUUAUGACGCUAACACGCCAGAUGAGUGAAUCAUUAACAGCAGCUCGAAGUUUCUUCAAUUUACUAGAUCGUAUACCAACUAUUGAUAAUCGUUCUACUGAUUGUAAACAAUUAGCUGAUUUACAAGGAGAAAUAUCAUUUGAACAAGUUAAAUUUGCUUAUGUGUCUCGACCGAAAAAAUGCGUUCUGAAUAAAUUUCAAUUGACCAUCAAACCUGGUCAGCGUGUAGCUCUUAUAGGUUCAUCCGGUUCUGGCAAAUCGACAGUCAUUCAACUCCUGGAACGGUUCUACGAACCCAUAAAAGGACAUGUUAGUCUUGAUGGUGUUGAUAUUCGACAAUUAAAUAUUCAAUGGCUCCGAUCACGUCUUGGUCUCGUCAGUCAAGAACCUGUCUUAUUUAAUUUGACUGUUGCAGAAAACAUAGCAUAUGGCCUAGAAAAUAUUCUAAUUGAAGAUAUUAUAGAUGCAGCCACAAAAGCAAACAUUCAUCAUUUCAUCGAGCAGCUACCUCAAGGUUAUGACACCAAAGUGGGCAUGAAAGGUAGUCACUUGUCAGGUGGAGAAAAACAACGUAUUGCAAUUGCUCGAGUUCUUCUACGUCGACCAAAAAUAUUAUUACUAGACGAAGCAACUAGCGCCAUGGAUGCGCACAAUGAACAGAUCGUGCAAGAUGCUCUGGAAAAAGCUCAGACAGAUGAUCCAACUAGAACCUCCUUGAUCAUUGCUCAUCGUCUUUCUACGAUUCGUUCGUGUGAUGUAAUAUGCGUGCUUGAUCAUGGAAUUGUGGUAGAAAGUGGUAAUCACACAGACUUGAUGGAACGGCGUGGCUUCUACUAUAAUAUGCUUGUUCACAAUAGUACUUGA